UAAGAGGCAACACACGGUUUCUUCUCUCUGGCUCUCAAAUAAUCUGCAGCUUCUGAAGAUCUGUGAGCUACACACCUCCAAAGGGCAGGUGGUUAGAGAGAAGAAAGAGUAUUACUAUUUCCUAGUAGGAGAAAACCAAGCAACACUUUCUCUCUCUUUCUUCAUUCUCCAUUAUUUCAGCAUAUAUAUAACAUAUACCCAAACAAAACAAAAAAAAAAAACUCAAAACUUUCAACUACGCCAUUCAACAUGAUCUCCCUUCACAGAGCCAAUUUCUUGAGCAACAAACCAAGUGUAUCCGGGAGAUCUUUCGGGUCGACCCAGUUGCAGAGAAGAGGUCCAUCGGUGGUUAGGGUGGCGGUGGGACCCUCAAAAGGUCGAUCAGGGGAUGAAAACGGCAUCGUUUUGACGGAGGAAAUAAAAGAAGUUUCUUCUGUAAUUGACUUGAAUGAGAAAUCAACGGUCAGCACUGGUGGUGUGGAAGACGUGUACGGUGAAGAUACUGCCACGGAGGAUCAGCUUGUUACACCUUGGGCUCUCUCUGUUGCUAGUGGUUAUUCAUUGUUGAGGGAUCCUCGUCACAACAAGGGGCUUGCCUUCACAGAGAAGGAAAGAGAUGCGCACUACUUGCAGGGUCUUCUUCCCCCAGCUGUUGUUCCUCAACAGCUUCAGGUGAAGAAAAUGAUUCAUAAUAUCCGUCAAUAUCAAGUGCCCUUGCAAAAGUACAUGGCAAUGAUGGAUCUUCAGGAGAGGAAUGAAAGGCUUUUCUAUAGGCUCCUUAUUGACAAUGUCGAAGAGUUACUCCCAGUGGUCUACACCCCAACUGUUGGUGAGGCCUGUCAGAAGUAUGGAAGUAUCUUCAGGCAACCUCAGGGUCUCUUUAUCAGUUUGAAGGAAAAAGGAAAAGUCCUAGAAGUUCUGAAGAAUUGGCCAGAAAGGCACAUCCAAGUGAUUGUUGUUACAGAUGGUGAGCGGAUUUUAGGCCUUGGAGACCUUGGGUGCCAAGGAAUGGGAAUACCAGUUGGGAAGCUUGCUUUAUAUACAGCUCUUGGUGGCAUUCGUCCUUCAGCGUGUCUUCCUGUCACUAUCGAUGUGGGAACAAACAAUGAGGCAUUGUUGAAAGAUGAUUUCUACAUUGGGCUUCGGCAAAAGAGAGCGACUGGACAGGAAUAUGCUGAGCUCAUGGAUGAAUUUAUGGCGGCUGUGAAGCAGAUAUAUGGGGAGAAGGUUUUAGUUCAGUUUGAAGACUUUGCCAAUCAUAAUGCAUUCGACCUACUUUCAAAGUAUGGUAGUACGCAUCUUGUCUUCAAUGAUGAUAUCCAGGGGACAGCCUCUGUUGUCCUUUCUGGACUUCUUUCAGCGCAAAAGUUGGUGGGAAAGAAAGUAGCCGACCAAACUUACCUAUUUCUUGGAGCUGGAGAGGCGGGCACUGGUAUAGCAGAACUCAUAGCUCUUGAAAUUUCAAAACAGACCAAUACUCCUCUUGAGGAGGCUCGUAAGAAGAUCUGGCUUGUGGACUCUAAGGGACUUAUAGUCAACAGUCGCAAGGAGUCAUUGCAACAUUUUAAGAAGCCUUGGGCUCAUGAGCAUGAACCUGUGAACGGACUCCUCAAUGCUGUCAAGGCGUUGAAGCCCACUGUCCUGAUCGGCUCAUCAGGAGUUGGGAGGACAUUUACCAAGGAUGUGAUUGAGGCAAUGGCUACAUUCAAUGAGAGACCUGUCAUUCUUUCACUGUCUAAUCCAACUUCACAAUCAGAGUGCACAGCUGAGGAGGCUUAUACAUGGAGUAAGGGCCGUGCAAUUUUCGCAAGUGGAAGUCCAUUCGAUCCCAUUGAAUAUGAAGGGAAAACUUUUACGUCUGGACAGGCGAAUAAUGCAUACAUCUUCCCUGGCUUUGGUCUUGGCUUGAUAAUCUCUGGUGCCAUCCGAGUUCAUGAUGACAUGCUCUUGGCAGCCUCGGAAGCCCUAGCAGCCCAGGUGACCGAGGAACACUUUGCUAAGGGUCUUUUGUACCCCCCAUUUAAGAACAUCAGAAAAAUAUCGGCCCACAUUGCAGCCAGUGUGGCAGCUAAAGCAUAUGAACUGGGCCUCGCAACUCGAAUGCCGCAACCAGAAAAUCUGAUGAAGUAUGCCGAGAGUUGCAUGUAUAGCCCUGCCUACAGAAGCUAUCGCUGAAGUUUUCUGGAUCAAUUUCUGCUCUUCCCUCUUCCCUCUUGUUACACUUUGUUGUUUGUGGAAUUUAAUUACAUAGUAUAAUUGCAUUUGUUCGCUCUUGUAACUGGAGAAAAAAAAGAGGAAAAUGAAAAAGAGGUGAAUAUACCUCAAUGGUCAAAGUAGAUUAGAAACCUAUUACAGUUCAAGGAAGUUCCGAUAAUGAUGAAAAGGGGAAAUUCGUAAUGUUGAACUCUUUAACUCGAACAUAUUUGCAGAAAAAAGGGGAAGAACAAACUAGGAAUGAGAGUAGUGAAUUCUUUUGUGUAAGCAGUUAACUAGUGUCAUUAUGCUCAUUCAUAUGAUAAAUGUAUAAACUUUGUAGUUUGCAUAACCA